ACUCCUAUAUCUCCUGUGUAUUUUUUUGGGGGGGUGAGGGUGUGUCUUUAAAGAGGUGUGUGUGUGUGUGUGUGUGUGUUUGUGCCCUUUCAGUGCAGAGGACUGAUAACUCUCCAGGAUGCAUCAGCUGCUCGUGGUGACCUUAGUGCUGGUGGCACUCUGCUCUAUAGGGAGCGUGGAUUCUUCAGCUUACGACAAGAUAGUCAGCCACAGUCGCAUAAGGGCCAGGAAGGAAGGACCCAAUGUGUGCGCGCUGCAGCAGGUCCUGGGGACUAAAAAGAAGUACUUCAGCACAUGUAGGAACUGGUACAAAGGCUCCAUCUGCGGCAAGAAGGCUGUGGUCCUUUAUGAAUGCUGUCCUGGGUACAUGAAGCUGGAGGGCAUGAGAGGAUGCCCUGCAGUGGCUCCCAUUGACCAUGUGUAUGGUACGCUGGGGCUCAUAAAGGCUACGACUACACAGCAGUACUCUGACAUGUCAAAGCUGAGAAAUGAAAUUGAAGGCCAAGGCUCCUUCACCAUGUUUGCCCCAAGCAACGAAGCCUGGGAUGAACUGGACCCUACUGUACGGUCUGCACUCGUGAGCAACGUGAACAUCGAGCUGUACAACGCUCUCCACUUCCACAUGGUGAAUCACCGUCUUCUGACCAAAGACAUGAGGAACGACAUGACUGUCACUUCCAUGUACAAUGACCUGGGCCUGUACAUCAACCACUACUCGAACGGGAUUGUGACAGUGAACUGUGCCAGGAUCAUCCAUGGUAACCAGGUGGCCACAAACGGCGUGGUGCAUGUCAUUGAUCGGGUCAUCAGCGCUGUGGGCAACACCAUCAAAGAAGUCCUGGAUGUCAACGAUGAUCUCUCUUCCUUCAAUGCUGCAGCAUUGGCUUCUGGUAUGAUGGACAAGCUGGACCAGCCUGGCCACUAUACUCUGUUUGCUCCCACUAAUGAAGCCUUCGACAGACUGAGCCCAGGCUACCUGGAGCGUAUCAUGGCAGACAAGACUGUUAUUGCAGCCCUGGUGAACUACCAUCUGCUGAACAGUGUCCAGUGUUCGGAGGCAAUCAUGGCAGGGUCAGUGUAUGAGACCGCAGAGGGCAGCACCAUACAGAUCGGCUGUGAUGGCGACAGUCUGACAGUCAACGGCAUCAAGAUGGUGCUGAAGAAGGACAUUGUUACCACCAAUGGCGUCAUCCACCUCAUCGACCAGGUGCUCAUCCCUGACUCAGCUAAGGACGGGAUGGAGUUGUUGGGAGACUCCCAGGGCACUUUCAGCGACAUGGUGUCCGAACUGGGCUUAGCCGCUGCCAUGGGUCCAAAGACAGAGUACACACUGCUUGCUCCUGUCAACUCUGCCUUCACCAGUGAAGUGAUGUCCACAGACCAAAGCUUACUGAGAACCAUUCUGGAGAAUCACAUCUUGAAGUUCAAAAUUACGCUGAGUGAGCUCUACAAUGGACAACUGCUGGAAACAUUGGCUGGCAAACUGCUCAGAGUCUUCAUUUACCGCACUGCUGUGUGCAUAGAAAAUGCAUGUAUGGUGCGUGGCAGUAAAGAGGGAAGCAACAGUGCCCUCCAUGUUAUGAAGUCCAUCAUCAAACCUGCAGAGAAAACAAUAUACGAGCACCUGAUUGCUGACGGACGGUUCAAGAUUUUCCUGUCGUUGAUGGAGACAGCAGAUCUGACUGAUUUGCUGAAGCAGGAAGGCUCUUACACCAUCUUUGCACCAACGGAUGAUGCCUUCGCUGACCUCACCAAAGAGGACUUGGCUCUGCUGAAAAGUGAUCUGAAUACUUUGAGGGUCAUUCUGCUGUACCACUUCAGUAAUGGCAUAUUCAUCAAUGGAGGAUUAGAGGGAGGAGUUACCAAUCUUCUCAAAACACUCCAAGGCAGCAACCUGCAAGUUAUGUCUGUAAACAACUCUAUCCAUGUCAACUCUGUGGAUGUGCCAGACAGUGAUUUGAUGGCAACAAAUGGUGUGAUCCAUGUGGUGAAGAAUAUUCUCUAUCCUGCAGACCUGCCUGUGGGCCGCCAGGACCUCCUGGUCCUUCUGAGGAAGCUGAUUAGAUACAUCCAGAUAAAGUUUGUUUCUGGAUAUACUUAUGCUGAGAUCCCACUCACCUUUCUCAAGAGGAUCAUCACUAUUGAAACAGUCCCUGAUGUAACAAAGGUGACCAGGGUCAUUCAGGGUGAUCCCACUUUAACCAAGGUUACCAGGGUCAUCAAAGGGCAGCCAACCAUCACCAAGGUAACAAGAGUCAUCGAGACAGAGCCAACAGUCACUAAGGUGGUCAUUGAGGGGGAGCCCGUGAUCACAAAAGUAACCAGGGUCAUUGAAGGUCAGCCUUCCAUUACCAAGGUUACGAGAGUUAUUGAAGGUGGAAACCUUGACGCAGAGGGAAAGACAUUUACAGGUGGAUCCAGACACACCACGGCGAACGAACCUUAUCUCAUUAAGGGUCCAGACUUGUCCAAGAUCACCACCAUCCACGGCAAUCCAAAUCUGAUCAACGAGGAAUCAGAGAGAAUUACCAAAAUCAUUAAAGAGGGAGGUAGAUUCGCUGCUGCCAAGAAAGCCCCAGCUGGAAUGAGAAGGAGAGCAAGGUUGGUCAGGCGUCACCACAAGCCAAGGGAGUGAAUCCAACAGAGAGAAAGCAACUUCGGGCUCACUGCAGAGACUGAAUGCAUCUCCAGGGCUCCUAGUCGAGUGCUGGGGAAUUGAAAAGUUGUGGACCAACAGGGAGAGAUCGAAUCAAUCUUACUAUUUCAUUUUCAAAACCCCAGCAAGAUGGAUUGUUUACUACACCAUCUGGGCCAUACUGUAUGUGAUAAGCAUGAUGUGUAAUAGCAAUGCAAUGAAAUUAGAAUACCCCCAUGUAAGUAACGUAAUGUGAAAGGAAAAUAUUGCAGCUUGAUAGAUGGUGUGUUAAGCGAGAUCUUCUACCACUGAGAGAUUUUUUUUUUUUUUAAAGAUUUGCUUUUUUUAAAUCAUGUCCCUUCAUAAACAGAUGGCUUGGGAAAACUUUCAUAUGCUUUUUAUGGUGCUUACAUUCUGUAUGAUGGAUGCAUUUCAAUUAAUACGACAAAUGAAACUGUGUCAACCAGUGUUUUGCUACCAUUAGAUGCUGUACUGUACCUCUGUAAAUUAUCACACAGUAAUUAAAAAUACAGUGAAUUUUUA